ACGAAUUUGUAAAUUAAUUCAAAUAAAAUAAUAAAAUAUUUUGAAACAGUUUCUUAAACUUGGCGCAAUUAAACUACAUGGAAGUUUUGCCCACUUGGGCUUGGAACUGCUUGAGAUUUUGUAAGAACGAUCUGUGCGUGCCAGAACUUUGAAAAAAAAAUCUAUUUCAAUGAAAAUGGAAGAUACGAACCUCGCCGAACAAUACGUUCAGGAAUUUGUACUAGAUCACUUAGAGGAUGGUACAUCAACGGUAACUCCUAUAGGUGUUAAACGUGAAGAUCAUAGUCCACCGUCGACACGAAUUGCUUGGACAUCUGCUAUAACAACAACAGCCGAAGACGAUGAAUCUGUUGAGCCACCAAUUAAAAUACGUGCAUAUCCACCAACUUGGCAAUUUGAUGAUCGUAGACCACCGCCUCUCUCGCCGCCGCCGGAAAUAUAUACACACGGUCCAAUGGCCGGUCAAGCCAUACUUGUGAAUCCAUCAGUACCCGGUGGUGUGCCAUCUACACCACCCGAAACUCCACCUGUCGUUGGUUCGCCUACAUGUACACAAAAUUACGCUCCUGUUGCUGGCGCACAUUAUGCAACCCACCGCGCACCCACCGCUAGUGCAGGUCUUACACAAGAAAUGAUGUGGCUGCCAAAUUCAAUGCGUUCCGAUGCACAACCACUUGAUUUGCGACCACUAACCACGCAAGAUGAAGAAUGGGAACGUCAUCGUGAAUAUAUGCAAGUGACCGCAGCACAUGCUGCAGCAAAUCACCAUCAUCAUCAUCAUCUACUACCACCGAGUCAUCAUCACCAUCAUCAUCAUCUUGAACAUUUGGCACCAAUUAAUAUGCAUACACCAUAUCAUAGUGGAAUUGUUAGUAGCGCCAGUACCAGUCUAAAUAGCAAUGGCAGCUCAUUAAAUAGCGUUGGCGUGUCCAAUAGCUUACAACACAGUAAUCGGCCAAUGUCGGUUAGUUCAACACGUUCCUCCACUAAUUCACCUCGUACAUGCUCGGGUCAAUAUAGCACUUCCAGUAAUCUAGGCGUUGAAGAUUGUAUAAAUGAUGACUUGUUGACCACACUAACAGUACGUGAACUAAAUAAACGUUUACAUGGUUGUCCACGCGAAGAGGUUGUACGUCUCAAACAGAAACGUCGCACGUUGAAAAAUCGUGGCUACGCACAAAAUUGUCGUUCAAAACGUUUGCAACAGCGACACGAAUUGGAGAAAACCAAUCGCCAAUUGAGUCAGGAUCUUCACCGUCUUAAAUUGGAAUAUAGUCGCGUAUGUCAAGAACGUGAUCAACUGAGACAAAGACUACAAAUGAGAUCCGGUGGGGCUGCUGGUAGUUCAAGUGCUAGCGUUAAUGGUAGUACUACGGCAAAUGGUGGCAGUGGUGGUAUGCCUACUGCAGCGGUUGCUGCUAGCGUCAUUACGGUUGGACAGCAACAUUUAAGUUCCGAUAGUUCACCGGAAUUUUACCUUUGACGCCAAUUAGCGGCAAGUGGGCAUCAUGCUGCAGCUGCAGCCGCUGCUGUUGCUGCAUCAAAUUCACACCAUCAUCAUCAUCAUCACCACCACACACAUCCACAUCAGUGGCCUACGCGUUAUCAUCAACACUUACAACAACAACAUCAGCAACAUCAACAACAGCAGCAGCAGCAACAACAACAACAACAGCAACAGCAGCAACAACAACCACAAUCGCAAGCACAACAACAACAGCCACAAGCGGCGAUCUGAGAGCAGCAAAUUAUACAUAAUAAAAUGGCAGUGACUACUUAUACGAGCGGCAUCAGAAAUGCCAAUUCAUCGUCAUCAACAGCAGCAAAAGCAGCAACAACAGCAACAAUGGCAACAUUGGCCACAUCAUUUCAUAGCACUUGGUUAGGUAGGAUGCAGGAUAUGCUUCAUAAUAAUAUGAGGUGUGCUUAAGGUAUUCCUGUUUUUCUCUUUCAAAUUAAUUCUAAGACAUUCUCAUACAGAAGCCACUCUAUUAUAUAGAAUUUAAGUUAUAUUUUUUUGCAUUAA